AUGAGUUCUAACUGUAAAAAUGUUAUAGCUGAGAUUGUUACGUAUAUAUCACUUCUUAUAUGGAGGCUUCAAAAAGAUACAUUCGAUUCUUCUCAAAACCAACAUACUUGUUAUACUUCAUACGUUUUACACAUCCACCAUCAAGGCCAUGAAUUGGAGGCGUCCAGUCAAACAUAUCGACUUCUUUGGCUUGUGCUUACUGGUUGUUGGUUAUCAAUCUCAUUUUUAAUAUAUAUCUCCAUCUAA